AUGUGUGGUAAUUCUGUUACAAUAAAGUCGGAAAGAUCCGCAUCUUCUCAUGGAUACUCUUGUUUAAGAGUUCCUUCAGUUGUGACCAGAGAGGAGGAAUUUUGUGAAGAUCUUCGGGUUCAAGGAAAAUUAUUGUUAUAUUUGCCAACACGGUUAUAUUCUUUUUCCACCAAUUACAAUUUGCCUUAUUAUUAUUAUUAUUUUUUGAUAUCGACGGUAAUUUAUUUCAAUUACAUUAUUUUUGAACUUUCCCGCUCUGAUUCUUCAUUGGUUGAAGACUUCAUUAGCAUCGACUGCGGCGGACUACUCGACUCCGUCGACCUGAACAGUGAAUUCCCAUACCAAUCAGACAAGAACCUGAUCGAUUCAGGAGUGAUCGGUCAGAUUUCCCCUGAAUUUUCCGAAAAAUUUUGGCUGCAAUACAGAACCCUAAGAAGCUUCCCGGAGGGAGUAAAGAACUGCUACACUCUCCGCCCAGAAUCCGGCAAGAACAACAAUUACCUCAUCAGAGCCGUCUUUGUCUAUGGCAAUUACGACGGCAAGAACUCCACCCCUGUAUUUCGCGUCUAUCUUGGCGUUAAUCUAUGGGAUACCAUCACCAGAAGAAACAUCAGAAUCGAAUCCGUUUACAUGGCUCCCACUGAUUAUAUUGACGUAUGCCUUAUCAAUAUUGGAAGUGGAGUUCCUUAUAUUUCUGUUUUGGAAUUACGGCCCUUAGGCAACUCUGUUUAUCGCACUGAUCCCCGGCAAUUCAUGGCUCUCUGGGAUCGAUCCGAUGUCGGCGGCGAAUAUACACUCAGAUAUCCGCAGGAUAUUGAAGAUCGAAUUUGGGUUACGUAUGAUGAUUACCUGGGUUCGAUCAAGAAGAUACAGACCAGCGGGAGCAUCAAACUGACCAGUAACGAUCCGUACAAAUUACCGGAAUCAAUGUUGAAAACUGCCUAUGCAACCCUAAAUUCCAGCAUCCCUUUCGUAUAUAAAUGGAGCCCUGUAGAGGCCAGCUCUCGAUUCUAUUUCUGCUUUCAUUUCGCUGAGGUUGAGAAGUUGGAUACUUCUGUAAGAGAAAUGAGUAUUGUGUUGAAUGGCAUCCACACCAUUUCACAAUCCCUAAAGCUUGAGUAUCUCAAACCACAAACCAUAUGCUCAGCUUCAGAUGGUCUCCCUGUAAAUCUCAAUGAAGAUAAUUAUUUACAAAUUUCUGCAGCCUCCGGUUCGGAUCUUCCUCCCAUUAUCAAUGGGUUUGAGUUUUUUUAUAUCAUAAACAUCUCUCAUUCACCUACACUCUUACAGGACGUUAAUGCUGUAAUGGAUAUAAAGAAGACAUUCAAGCUAUUGAAUACUUACUGGCAAGGAGAUCCAUGUUUGCCUGAAUUUUCUGUAUGGAAUGGUCUAAACUGCAGUACUAGCAAUCCCCCAAGGAUAAUUUCACUGAACUUAAGCAGGAGUAAGUUAACAGGAGAGAUCCCAUUUUCCAUCUCCAAUCUCACUCAAUUGGAGACUCUGGAUUUAUCCUACAACGACUUGAGUGGACUACUUCCUGAAUUUUUAGCGCAACUACCUCGUUUGAAAAUCCUCAAUUUAACUGGUAAUAAUCUUGGUGGCACAGUUCCGGAAGCACUUCUAGUGAAAUCUAGAGAUGGAGUUUUGGAUUUGAGAAUAGAUGAUAAUCCAGAACUCUGUUCGUCACCUCCUUGCAAGAAAAAGAAAAAGAAAAAGAAAGUUGUUGUUCUUCCUGUUAUCAUUGCUGUCAUAGGAACUAUCCUAAUUAUAGCCUGCUUGGUCUUACUUUUAAUCUAUAAGAAAAGCAAGAAAAAGAAUUCGGUGAAGUCGACGGAAGAGAAAAUUUCACUGAAGCAAAAGCAUCGAGAGUACAGCUACUCCGAAGUUGUGAGUAUUACAAAUAAUUUCAGAGACAUCAUUGGAGAAGGAGGAUUUGGAAAAGUAUAUAAAGGUGCUUUGAAAGAUAAAACUCUGGUUGCUGUAAAGCUGCUCUCAUCAACAUCAAAGCAGGGCUAUAGGGAAUUUCAAACUGAGGCACAACUCUUAAUGAUUGUUCAUCACCGAAACUUGGUUUCUCUUGUUGGAUAUUGUGACGAGGGUAACACCAAGGCACUCAUUUAUGAAUACAUGGUCAAUGGAAAUUUGCGGCAACGUUUAUCUGAGAAAAACACAAACGUUCUGAGUUGGAAUGAAAGACUUCAAAUUGCAGUGGAUGCAGCACAUGGGCUUGAGUAUCUACAUAAUGGUUGCAAGCCAACAAUAGUUCACAGAGAUUUAAAACCUGCCAACAUACUAUUAGACGGUAUGAUGCAAGCCAAAAUAGCUGAUUUUGGAUUGUCUAGAACUUUUCAAGUUGAAAAUCAAUCUGAAAUGUUAACACAAUUAGCUGGAACACCAGGCUACUUUGAUCCUGAAAACCAAACACUUGGAAAUUUGAAUAAGAAAAGUGAUAUUUAUAGCUUUGGCAUAAUCUUAUUUGAGUUGAUCACUGGGUCCCCUGCGAUAACAAGAAGCUAUAAUGGAAAUAAUAUUCACCUUCUAGAUUGGGUUGCUCCAAUAAUCAAGAAAGGGAAGAUUGAAGAUGUGGUUGAUGUGAGAAUUAAAGGAGAAGUUAACCAUGACUCAGCUCGUAAAAUGGGUGAGAUAGCAAUGUCAUGCACCCAACCAAAUGGUGACCAAAGGCCUGACAUUAGUGUUGUUUUGGAGGAGCUUAAGGAGUGUUUGGCAGUGGAUCUAAGAACACUUUCAGAAAGCUAUGAAUUUUCUUCAACAAUUUUAGCUGAGAUAAAUGCUGGUCCUAAUCUUAGGUGAUUGAAUUUCAUUCUUACGCUUCAAAACACGCACACACACAUAUAGUCGUUGUCCUGACUUUUCUGCCUACCCCUUUUUACAUUUGGUUUCCUUUUCUUUUUUUAACCACGCGUGUGAAGUUGGAAGAUUCAAACUUGUAAUCUUUUGCCUGAGAGUAUAUAUUUGAAACAGUUGAACUUGAACUAUACUCAUGUUCAAAAUAUUGUGUUUAAACCACUAUAAAACAUUGUUUCAUCA